AGGCAUGGAAUAGGUGGAGAAUGACGGAGAGAAAGCCUCGGAAACUCCAGAAAAAAUCAAGGAAUUACUGAAGGAGUUCCAAGACAUUCUUCCUGACGAUCUUCCGAACGAGCUACCGCCAUACCGAACGCAUCAACACGAGAUCGUGGAGGAACCGGGUUCGAAGCCGACCUUCCGAGCACCAUACCGGCUCAGCCCUACGGAGCUGACCGACAUGAAGAAGCAGAUCGAGUAUCUCCUAGCCAAAGGACUCAUCCGACCAUCUACUUCGCCAUACGGCGCCCCAGUACUCUUCACACCGAAACCGGACGGAAGCCUGCGCAUGUGCAUCGACUACCGAGCUCUUAACAAGCAGACCAUCAAGAAUAAAUAUCCGAUACCGCGAAUCGAUGACCUGCUUGACCAGCUUCGGGGAGCUACGGUAUUUUCCAAACUGGAUCUGCGGUCCGGAUACUGGCAGAUACGGAUGGCGGACAACUCUAUCCACAAAACUACUUUUCGAACUCGGUACGGAUCGUACGAGUAUUUGGUCAUGCCGUUCGGACUCACCAACGCGCCGGCAACGUUCCAAGCCGAAAUGAACCACAUUCUACGACCACUUCUGGACGAAUGCGUGGUGGUGUACCUGGACGACAUACUCAUCUACUCGCGCGACAUGAAGCAGCACGUCGAACACCUGCGACGCGUCUUCGAAAUUCUUCGACGAGAACGAUUUUACGUCAAACUGUCCAAGAGCGAAUUCGCCCUGGAGAAGGUCCAAUUUCUAGGCCACUUGGUGAGCGCUCAAGGAGUUCACGUCUACCCCAAGAAAGUCGAAGCCGUACGUACGUGGAAGACACCCGAGAACGUGAAGGAGUUGCAGCAGUUCCUAGGCUUCGCUAAUUACUACAACAGGUUCGUGCCACAGUAUGCGAAACUCGCGGCACCACUCACGAAUCUGCUGAAGAAGAACACGCCCUACAAAUGGGAGACGAAGCACCAGGAAGCCGUGGAGCAGCUGAAACAAGCACUAACGUCCGCACCGGUGCUCAUCUUGCCAGAUCCCAAACGCGACUACGUAAUCGAAGCUGACGCCAGCGACCAGGCAGUGGGAGCAGUCUUAAUGCAAGACCAGGGGAAUGGACUGCAACCAAUUGCCUACCUCAGCAAGAAACUGCACGGGGCAGAACUCAACUACCCGAUACACGACAAAGAGGCUCUUGCUAUCGUCAUCGCCUUCAAAGCGUGGAGAUGCUAUCUCGAAGGACGAAGAACGACCGUCUACACCGACCACUGCAGCCUGAAAUAUUUGAAGACACAACCCAACCUUUCCAGGCGGCAGGUCCGGUGGAUCGACUUCCUCGAGACACACUUCCACUACGACAUCGUGUACAAGCCCGGCCACAAGAACAAAGCAGACGCUCUCAGCCGGCCUGCACACGUUGCCGCGAUUCAGGUCGAAGGGAUGAAUCCACUACUCAAGGGACUCUUCACCCACGGGUACGCCAUCGACCCCGAAAUUCCCUUGGCAGAAAAGCGACAUCUGCUACAGUGGGACAUGGUUAGCCUGGACUUCAUUACCGGAUUACCACCUACCUCCAGCGGUCAUGACGCCAUCCUUGUCGUCAUUGACAAGUUCUCCAAAAUGGGACACUUCAUCCCGACACAUACGACGGCACGCACCGAGGAGACAGCACAGCUCUUCGUUCGUCACAUCAUCUCACAGCAUGGCAUCCCAACUACACUCAUCUCUGACCGAGACCCCAAGUUCACUAGCAAGUUCUGGAAGGAACUUAUGUCUCUGCUCGGCACCAAACUCGCCAUGUCAUCCGCAUACCAUCCGCAGACAGACGGACAGACCGAGCGCCUCAACCAAAUUGUUGAGCAACUCCUCCGAGCAGCCUGCAAGGAUGACAUCUCCAAAUGGGACUUGCACCUGCCCGUACUCGAGUUUGCUUACAACAAUGCCACACAUGCCGCUACUGGACAGACGCCGUUCUUCCUCUGCUACGGACGCCACCCACUCACACCACAAAAACCGACAGCAUCACCUACAGUCCAACCCGCACAUGAUUUCAUUACAACCGUGCAUCAACUUUGGGAUCGGACCCAUAAGCGCCUCCUUGACAUUCAACAGCAACAGAAGCGCCAGGCCGAUCGCCAUCGCAACGACCACACCAUUUCCGUGGGAGACCAGGUUCUCCUUGACACCCGCAACCUGGACAUCAGCCAUCUCCCAUCUAAACUGCGACCUCGCUUCUGCGGGCCUUUUCUCGUUGAAGCACAGGUCACUCCUGUUACCUUCCGCUUACACCUGCCAGCUACCUGGAAGAUUCACAACGCCUUCCACGUCCAACUUCUGAAGCCCUAUCGGGACCCGAACACAAUUUUCGUCGGAUGCCAGCCGCCGCCGCCGCCGCCCGUCCUCGUCCAGAACGAACCCGAGUACGAGGUCGAGUCCGUGCUUGCACAUCGUCGUCGUCGGAAUGGCACCGUGGAGCUUCUCAUCCGUUGGAAGGGUUAUGAUCCUUCUGAGGCCAGCUGGGUCUCUGAGUCCGACAUGGGUAACGCCCGUCGUCCUCUGCAUGACUACCUUGUCAAGCAGGGUGUUACUUCUACCACCCAGCUUUGAGGGGGGGAAGUGUGAGAGUACGACUC